AUGCUUUCCAUCGGGGUGACACUGGCCGCUCUCGCCAGCUUGGCUGUCGGGGAGUCCCUCAAGCGCUUGGAUACAAGCUUGACCAUCCUGGUUAACAAUGAUCUCCAAGGCCAGGACAGUCCCGAAGCAAACCAGGCGGUGAUAGUCACGGAGCCCCGUUCCUACCAGGAUGCGGAUCGCGUCUGUGCCAAACUCGGCGAGCGAGUAUGGCGGCCUGAGUCUCCGCGCCCCAGACAAACAAGGGGCACGAAAGCGCUGCCAUUCUCUGACUACCUGCAGUAUGAAGGGGCAGCCAACGCCUCGUCAGCGUUCUGGGUUGUCUCGGAUUCCGGUUUCGCCGCGAUGACCGUGUCCGGGGACUACAGCAGGACCAAGCCAGGUCCGCAUGAGCGGCACCCGGGCUUGUGCACCAAUACAGCACCGUACUCGACCCAAAACUUCCAAGACACGAGCGAGAAGUGGCAAAUUAGCUUAGACGUGAACAACCAGACACUCACAGGUUUCCGGGACCAACUGUCUUUCCGAUUCUUGGGAAUCCGCUUUGCCCCCGAACCCAAGAGGUUUACCUAUUCUACCCUGUUCAAGGGGUCCGGAGAAUCUGUUUCUGCCCUGUCGUACGGCUCGCAGUGUGCCCAGGGGUCCAACACCGGCAGCGAAGACUGUCUGUUCCUCAACAUCUGGACGCCUUAUCUCCCAAACCCGAACUCCAAGCCCAAGAAGAAGGACCUCCUGCCUGUGGCAUUUUGGAUUCACGGGGGUGCCUUCAUUGGAGGCACAGCAAACGACCCGACCUUCGAUGGCGGGAACUUGGCAUCGAGAGGAGACGUGGUAGUGGUGGCUAUCAACUACCGUCUGUUAGCCCUGGGGUUCCUCGCGCUCAAGGAUGGUGUCACCAACGGCAACUUUGGUCUAGCGGACCAGGUCACGGCUUUGGACUGGGUCCGCGCGCACAUUCGUAACUUUGGCGGCGAUCCGGACCGCAUCACCAUCUUUGGCCAGUCUGCCGGGGCCGGGUCGGUCAGGGCCCUGAUUGCGUCGCCGAAGGCCGCGGGUAAGUUCUCUGGCGCCAUCCUGCUCAGCAACCUGGGCGGCCUCAACUACGGCACCACCUAUUCCCGCUACUACACCAUCGACGAGCAAGUCACGGUCGCUGCCAACCCGUUCCUCGCCGCCGCCAACUGCACCGACGCCCCGUCCCAGGUCGACUGUCUCCGGGUGCUCCCCGCGCACACCCUCACCCAGCUCGGCGACGUGCGCUACCUCGUCGUGGACGGGACCUACCUGACCUCUCCCGAACUCCCACUCACGGGACCCCGCCUGCCCAUCCGCCUGAUGAUGGGCAUCACGCGCGACGACGGAGCGCCCUUCAUCAGCUUCCCCACCACCACCAACCAAACCGAGUACCUCGCCGCGCGGGGCUUCUCUCUGCCUCCGGAAACUCUGAGUCUGUUCCCGCUCCCGAACACGGGCAACGCGACGCUGGACCUGUUCAACUCGUCCUCGCGCAUCGCCACCGACGGCAUCUUCCGGUGCAUCGACCAGGCGACCGCCUUCGCGGGGUUAUCCUCCCGCCGGUUCGAAUCUGUCUACUACUACGAGUUCGACCGCACCUACCAGACGGGCGGGUGGCCGGCGCUCAACGUGUGCGAGGCGCCGCGCACCGCGUCACACCCGCACGGCGACCCGUCCAAGCCCUACCUCCGCUGCCACUCGGGCGAGCUGUACUAUGUUUUUGGCACCCUGGCGCGCCAGGGUAGGCCCGUGCGAGACGAGGGCGAUUUGCCGUUUGAGCAGUUUGUGCUCGACACGUUCGCGGCUUUCAUCAGGACUGGAGAUCCCAAUCCGGAUAAAGGAUACCUGAAAGCGAGGGGGUAUACGAAGACGCUGGAGCAGGUGGAGAGGGCUGGGGAGUGGAGGCCGAGUACCAAGGGGAAGAUGGUCCUUAGGGCGCUGGACUGGCCGCGGUCGAGGUCGGAGGGGUUUAGGGAGUUGGAGCAGUGCGAGGCGCUGGGGCUGGGGUUGGAUUAUUAUUUGAGGUGA